UUCCUCUCCUCUUCCUCCUCCACCUCCCCUCCCGCGGCGCCCAGUCCGCGUACCUCCUCUCGCUGUGUUUUCUGUGUCUCUGUUUUUCUCUCUUCCUCUCUGUCUCUCUCUCUCUCCUUCUCUGUCUCUCUGCUUACUUCUGCCUCUCUGUGUCCGUUUCUCUGUCUCUUUCUCAGGUUCAGUUCUGUCUCGGCCCGCGCCCCCCUCUCGUCUGCUGGCCGGUGGCCCCAGGUGGCGGUGGCGCUGGCCGGGAGCGGGACGCGAUGAGUGGCGCCUGCACCAGCUACGUGAGCGCCGAGCAGGAGAUGGUGCGCGGCUUCAGCUGCCCGCGGCCCGGGGGCGAGGCGGCCGCGGUCUUCUGCUGCGGCUUCCGCGACCACAAGUACUGCUGCGACGACCCGCACAGCUUCUUCCCCUACGAGCACAGCUACAUGUGGUGGCUCAGUAUCGGUGCUCUCGUGGGCCUGUCCAUAGCUGCGGUCGUCCUCCUGGCCUUCAUUGUCACUGCCUGUGUUCUCUGUUAUCUGUUCAUCAGCUCCAAGCCCAAUACAAAGUUGGAACCAGGCUUAAGCUUACAGGCUACAGGCUCUGAGAUGCCCCUUGACCGCCAAGGUCGGAACACAGGCAUCACACUGGAGGUGCCAGGAGCGAGACCCCUUGGACAGAGUUACUCCUUCCUGAACCCACGACUUCACUGCAAUGAGGGACAGACUUCAGACCCCAAGCGUGUCCUCUAGCACUGCUCCAUGGCCCCAGUGAUGGCAGGUGACAUUCCAGGCAGCCGUGAGGAGACACUUCCUCCUCAACCCAGACCCACACGGACCAGCCCCAUAAACAUCCAAUAAAUGUCUCUAUACUGUC